AUGUUGAAUAUGAAAUUUCCGUUAUUCGAAUUUAGACUAUUCCAACUGCAGAUAUUCUUUAAUCUGUGGUUGUUACUGUUCAUCAUUGCCAAUACUCCAAGAUCGUAUGCUUCGGACGUUUUUAAAAAUAAAGUCAGCUUGUCCACUGUAAGUGUAAUAUAUUAUUACUUAUUAUUAUAUUGUACACCAGGGGUAAUCGAUUUUUACGUGAAAAUGUGAAACCAUUAAUUGGUAAUUAUAAAAAUAAAUUGAACACGUGAAAACAAGACAUGUGAAAUAUAAUACGAUUUCCAAAAUGCAUUUUAUAGUAGGUAGUCUAAAACCAUUAUUUAUUAGUUAAAGUUAGCUAUUAACUAUUGGUAUAUAUGUAUAAUACAUACAAUAACAUUAUUGAAAUUCUAUACACAUUUUAUUAUUAUUAUUAUUUUUUUUAUACUGUGAUAAAAAUUUCUACCAAAAAUGUUGAUUUUCUGAAAGGAAAUAUUGUACAGAUGGUACUUUAGGAAGAUUAUUUUAUAAUUUUCCAAACGGUUCACAUAAUAUCUGGGAAAACCCGGGAUAUAACGGAAGAAAAACGGGAAAUUUUACGUAAAUAAUGCUUUUAUUAUUUUAAAUUUAGUUUUUUGUUGUAAUUCAAUUAAAAAUAUUCGUAGAAACUUAAAAUUUAGACAAAAACUUUUUUCUUAUCUAGGCGUGGUAAAAUUUUCAAAAAUGUUUUGCCAUUUUUGAGCUAUUUAUAGAAAUUUUGAUUUUGCGAGUUUUGAACUAAAUUUGUAUUCGGUAUAGGUACUCUGUAUAAAAUUGUUAGACUAAAUAGAAGUACUUGAAAAUUUAACAGGAAAUUCAUUAAAAGUCGUACUUUGUGUUAAAAAAAAAAAAUUGAGCCCAAUGUACCUAGUAUUAUUUUUUUAAUAAAAAAAUAAUUAUAGUAAGUAAUAGUAUUUUAAUAUCAAAUCGUUUGAGUAAAUCAUUAUAUGGAACAAAUUUAGUUACGGGUCUCUGAACAUUUUUCAAUUUUUAUUUUUUUUGUUUUUAACUUAAUUUGUAUAUUUCCAAUUUCAAAACGAUGAUGAAUUCAAAAUCGAGUGAACUGACUUAAUUUUGAAAUUAUGGUUUUUUAAGUUCUGAUACUAUGUAUAAUGUAUUAUUGUGUAUUACUCAAUAUUGUCAAUUUUAUGGUAUAUCUGUCGUAGUCUAGUGAUGGUACGUACCUAUUGUCAUCCUAGAUAUCGCAAAUUCAAACCCGAGUUCCAAAAUUGUUUUUGAAACCACGUUGGGUAGGUAACAGAGAAAAAACAAAUGCAAUACAAUUCAUAUGUAAUUCAUUGUACUCAAUAUAAUAUAUGUACUUUACUAUAAUAUGACAUAAUUUGUAUAUUAUAUGUCUUUUAAAAAGCAAUACUAUUAACCGAGCUUCGCUCAAAAUCGUUUUUCGUUAACAAUGAUCCAUCUUUGCUUAAAUAUAUACUUAAACAUUAAAUUCCCCUCUAUAUCCUACCUUCCCAACUUCUCAUCUACAACAGUGGUCCACCCAUUGUGCCAAGUAUGUUCAUCUUUUUUAAAUUUUAUUUACAGUUAAUUUCGCUCAUUCGCAAUUUUUCGACCAAAGAUUUCCAUUAUUCUCAAUCUUCCGUAUUGUUUUAUAUUACUCUGCAAUUUAGUUAAGUUAGGUAAGGUUAGACUCCAAUUCAUCAAUUUUAGGAUUUAGCAUAGACCAAAGGUCAAUAUAUUUUGUAUAUUGUGUAUAUGAAAGUCGAGCCUCAUCACCUUACGUUGUGGACCACGUCAAAUCCACGUAUGCAAAAAAAAACAUAGGUAAACUAUUUAUAGUAACGUUUUAAAUCAAUAAUAUUUCUUUGAAUUCUAUCGUCAUUAAAAUAAAUACUGAACUAAAAAAAAAGAUAACAUGUAGGAAAAUAUGAAGAUAAUAUUAUACGUAUGUACUUUAAAUGAUUUAAAAACCUCAUAGAUUCAAAAUCAUCUUUAUCCUAUUAUUAUAAAAAAAUGUUUUGAUUGGUAAGUAAAAAUGUCUAUAUUUUUAUGUUAAACGAAUUAUCUUUAAAGUAUUCUAUGCUAAUUAUUAUUAUUAUAAAUCGAUACAAUAUGUUUGCAAUUAUACAAUUUGUUCUAUAACAUUAUUAUACAUUAAUAAAUGUUAGAGAAUAAAAAAAUAUUUGAUAUAAUUAGAAAUAAAAAUAAGAAAUUGGGAAAUAUAUAUACAACAAUAUAUUAUAUUAUUAUUACUGUAAAAUGUAUAAAAAAAAUUCGCUAUAUUUUUCAUUCAGGUGGAAAUUAUCCAGAAAAACGGAUACGCGGUCGAAAUUCACGAAGUCGUUACGGAAGACGGUUACAUUUUGGAAAUGCAUCGAAUCCCCAGGAACAGAAGGAACCAGGAUCCCACAAAAAACCAUCCGGUGUUCGUACACCAUGGACUUCUGGGAAGUUCUGCCGAUUGGGUACUGGCCGGAGCUAAUAUGUCUUUACGUCAGUAUGAAUUUGAUCAACUUUACAAGCUCUGUUUUUAACACAGUACAUUUAAAUAUUCAUAUAGCUAUGCAACUCUCGGAUGCUGGGUUUGACGUGUGGCUGACAAAUUGUCGGGGUAAUACUUACAGUAGAAAACACACAUCACUGACGGUAAACCAGAAUGCUUUUUGGGACUUCAGGUAAAAUUAUAAAAUUAUUAUUAUAGUAUAAUAUUACUAAUAUUAUUACGAAUAAUUAGUAAAAGAAAGUGCGGAAUAAUAAUAUUUUUUUCGGUUACAGUAUUGACGAAAUCGGAAAGUACGAUUUGCCGGCGGCUAUCGACUAUAUCCUAAUAGAGACUAACUCAUCGCAACUUCAUUAUAUAGGGUUUUCAAUGGGUACUUCAGUGUUCUUUAUAAUGGCUUCAGAAAGACCUGAAUAUCAGCCCAAAAUUCGAUCGCAAAUCAGUCUUGCACCGGUUGCCUAUUUAACCAAUUCCAGAUCUAUUGUUAAACAUUUCGCUGUUUACUCGAAAAUUAUAAAUGUAAGUUUAUUCGAAUGCGAUAAAAAUAAAUAUUUAGCUAUCUAAAAAAGAAAUUGUAUUUCAUGACUAUAAUUAAACUAUAUACCUCCCUACACAAUUGGGUCGAUUACCUUUUAACUCUCUCAAGUGAUCGGUCAAAUAUAUUAUAAUAUUUGAUAAUAUUGUAUUUUUAAAUAAAUUAUCAAAUUGAUAGUUUCGACUUUAAACAAUAUAUUAUAGGUAUAAUAGUUAUUUUAGAAAUGCAAAUAUUUCUAACUUUUAUUAACAGGAAAAACAUACUUUUUUCAACUUCUUUUUUUAACUCUUGGUCAUUAAGACUAUACCGUCAAGCAAAAUCGUCUCCAUCCAUCUCUAUCUUCCACAGCUAUCCUCCACGAUACAUCUUGUUGGAACUGUCUUCCCUGCGGCUUUUUAAAAUUCGGUUUCUUCUUGAUGGUUGUUUUAACUAUGGAAUCCACUUUACGACACGCAUGCACAGCUCACAUCAACGUUCUUUUUUUUUAAUCUCUUUUGCAAUAAUCGGUAUUUGAAAUAAUACUUAAAGUUCACAGUUGGGUCGUUUACGCCACUUUCCGAUAUGAGGGUCGAUAUAAAGACCAUAUAAUUUCCUCGGGAUUUUUUCUUCAAAUACCUAACUUCGUUUCCUUGGUUUUCCUAAGUGGCCGUGUUUCUGAGGCAUGAAGUUCUAGUUCUAUACGUCAUAUCAGGGUCAUAAUAUGAUGUAUCUGUAUUUUCAGAUUUAUUGAUAGCAUUUUUGUACUCAAUAUUUUUUUAAUUCCAAAAAAAUCCCGUUACCCCCUUGAUCCUAGCACUGAUCUCCAUUUUUUGAUCAUUAUUUUUGUUAAUAGGUAACUCAAGCAUUUAAAUGUGUCACUCUCGUAAAUACACUUCCUUCCAUAUUCAUAGACUGUCCUUGUUAUCCUUUAUCUUGAAGACUUAUUAUCAUGUAUUCCGUUUUCCGUAUUAACAACUAAUCCGACUAUAUAUUCAAGUUUCCCACACAAUCUUCUCAAGUUUUCUACAGUUUAGUUUGCCUAAUACUGCUAUGUUAUCGGCAUAGGUAAGGAGGUUUAUUAUGUUCGAAUUUUCUUAUAGUAUUCCGUCAUCCAUAAUAUUAAUUUCUAUGAUUGCUUUCUCCAAAAUUAAAUUAUAGGUUAGGAUGACGCGUCCUCUUGUCUUAGGCCGGUGAUUAUAAUUUGAUUGGGUUUGACGUCUCUAAUGCCAAUUUAACCUUAAUUUCCAUAUUUUUUAUGUGGCCUAAAUUAAAUUUAUCAACUUAUUAAAAAAAUUACUUGUGAACGAAUUCGUCAGCUACACAUACAUUUUUAUUAAUUUUUUUUUUUAACGUCAACUUAAACAAUUAUGACAUGCUUAUAGGUAUGUUUCUUAAAAAAUUUAAAUAUUUAUGAAAUAUUAAAUUUAUAUUCUUCUUUGAUCUGAACUUAUCGAAAAUAUAUAAUUACAAUUUUAAUCGUUUUAAUAGUACCAAUAUUUAUUAAAUUUAGAGCAUAUUAAGUUUAAAAUUUCAAUUAAUCUUUUUCUAAUUUCCUAUAGACCAUGUUUCAAAGGAUAUCAAAAGGAAUGUUUAUGCCGCAUUUCAGAACACAAGACUUUUUAGCGUCCACUUUAUGCACAGAAAAGCUGACACGGAAUAUAAUAUGCGAAACUUGCUUUAUAUUUUCAAUUUGCGGUAGUGACCCUUACGAUUUUGAUGCCGUAAUUAUUAGAUUUUCUAACUUUGUCGUAGUAGUACUGUUCGUACUUAAACUAAAAAAGAAUUGUAUUAAAGAUUUGUAAUAUUAAUUUUUUAAUGGUAAAUUUAGGACUUAAUUCCAUCCAUAACGAGCCAUAGUCCGGCAGGAACGUCAGCUAAGCUUACCACACAUUAUGCACAAUUGAUGUUGAAAGGUAGGUAUUAAACAAACGACAGGCCGUGGAAUCUAUCACUAUACAAAACAAAAUAAGGAAAGAGAUUUUAUACUUACAUUUUUUAAAUUCCUUUGUAGACACGUUUUGUCAGUAUGAUUACGGUACCGCUAUGAACAUGCGUGUAUAUAAUUCCACCGUACCUCCAACAUACGAUUUGAAGUCGAUUCAAGUGCCUAUAACAUUGAUAUACGGAGAAAAUGAUAUAUUAUCCGUCGUGAAAGUGAGUUUUUAAGAAUUUCAGAUUGAUUUUACUUUAUACCCAAGACGUUUGAUUUUUGUUUAAUCUGUGAUCAAGUUUUCAACCAAAGCUUGAUCCAAUAAAAAACUUCAUAAGUGCUCUCUUCUAAUAUUUAGAGUUUAGUUUAUGCAUUGAGGUAGUCAUUUUAUUACAAAUUCCGAGUAAUCGUAGAGAACCGAAAUCGUUAAUUCUGUUAAAAAUCGUGAAAUCAUUAAAUUACAUUCACCAUUGGUGGUGAAUACAUUGGUGUUAGCAUACUAAUAUUUCUAAUAUAGCAUCAUCUGUUUUUUCGCUAUAAUUUUUUCCGUUAAAUUUUCAAUUUUCUUUUCUUUAACAGGACGUGACAAAAUUGAAGGAUCAACUGCCCAAAUUAAUGGACUUUUUCCCGGUUGAUAAUCCGUAUUGCAAUCACGUGGACUUGUUGUGGAGCAAAGAUGUCACCAUUAAAAUAAAUAAUCCGGUCAAAGAAAUACUACUGAAGACUGACGAUAUGGAUUGGAUUUAUCCGGGGCCAAAUUUUUCUUUAGAUACCAAAGACACCAGUUAUAAUAAUGUCGAAAAGAUCAUUUAUAACGGCAAUUUAUCCCUGUACCCAACGACCAACUCAUAUGAUUUACUAGGCCUGGAUUUCUUCAAGGGUAAUUUAGAUACAUUAAUCAGGAAUACUAUGCCAAUAUCAAUAGACGAUAACGACACAGAAGAGUUCGAACGACAACGAAAAGUGUUAAAUGUAGUGCUGGAAAAUAUGAUUGAUUUUUCCGUAUCUAUUGACACCGAAAACAAAAGAUCACAUCAAGGCUAUUUUAGUAACAAAAUAUCCAACUGGGUUGAAAAAUUGAGCACCGAUUUUCUUAAGGAUCUUCGAGAAACAAAAAUAGAUUAUGACCGUAAUUAA